GAAAGUAAAGUCCAGCAGAUGGCAGUAAGAGCAACGUUAAGGAUGCCGACUGCCGAUUAAACACCAAAGAAGAAGAUGGCCACCCUAGCAACCACACCGCCCGCUGAUAAACAUUGCUCGCAGGCAGAUGGAGACUGCAGUGUCCAGCAGCCCUGCACAUCUGACAGCGUGGAUCAAAAGCCAGACAGACAGAAAAGUGCAGAGUUUGUCCGAGAAGCAGAGAAGAACAGGAGGCAGAUUGAAAAGUUGGAGAAAGAAAGGACGCUGAUUGUUCAGUGCAGAAAGAAUGGCUGGACAGACGUGUCCGGAGAACUGGAGGAGUACGAGAAGAUGCUGGAGGACCAAAGAAAUGCUGAGAAGAUGAAUCUUAAGAAGCAGCUGGUGAAGAUUCAUAAUGGCGUUAGGAAAUUUCAGAGACAACUAAUAGAUGUGAAGCCAACUCCUGAGUUGAUCGAAAGACUGAAAGAAAUAAUGUCAGAGGUGGAAAUCUCAAUUAACAGCCUAAAGGAGGAACAGCGGUCUAGCUUUGAGGAACUUUUAAAGGAGGACCGGACGUGCAGGCAGGAGAUCACAGCUUAUGAGAAGAAGAUUGAAAACUGGAGCCUUGCUGUCAAAACAGACCCCAAACUACCCACAGCUCCCAACGCUAAGACCAAACCCCCAGACAGAGACCUCCCUGCAGAGGUCAGAGCACUGGAGGCUUUUCUGCAGAAGACCGGAGGCCUUUAUGGUGGCUGGGACCAAUAUGACCACCAAGCCUUUCUCAAAGUCUGGACAAAGCACAGUGGGAAACCCGCUUACAGGAAAGAGGCCAAACUAUACUUGCCUGCUAAAACAUUAGAGGAGAUUGAGCAACAUGAGGACUGGCAUCAGGAGCUGAUCUACCUACAAGACAGAAAGAGAGAGGCUAUUCAGCGUUGGAAAGCCAGCAAGCAUCAAGAACGCCAGACCAGGAUCCAGAGUCAGGAGGAGGCAGUGGAGGCAGAAAGGAGGGAGAAGGAGUACAAGAGCCAGGCCUACCGACUCAGGAUUGAGGAGGAGAAGAGGGAGGCAGCCCGGCGACUGGAGGAGUGGAGGGAGGAGAGGAGAAGGCUCGAGGAACAGGAAGAGGAGCAGAGACUGGCUGAGGAGAUACAAAAGAGGAGACGGGCAAAGGAAGAACGUCGCCGCCAACUGGAGGUGAAACUAAUCGUUGAAGAGCAGCUACGACUGAGGAACGAGCAGGAGGAGGAAGAAAGGAUGAGGAGGAUAGAGGAGGAACAGAGGGAGAUGGAGGAGAGGAGAAAGGAGGCAGCAAAGGGACUCAAACGCUUUAGUGAAAGGGAUCUUCACAAGGUGGAGGCAAAACUUCAGGAAAAGCAGCUGAGGGAAAAAGAGGAAGAGGAAAGGCAGAGGAGAAUCGCUGCUAAGCUGAAGGAGAGGGUGGACACUCACAUCAGCAGAGACCCCUCCAGGCUAACUCGUCCCACUAAGGGAUGGGACGAGAGAAUGAAACACAUUGGACCGUCAGGAGGAGGGCCUAUGUUACAGAUGUUUCACAGAGCUGUGCCCACUUGGAGACAAGGCCUGUGAGGAGCAGCGAUGGACAGUCCUGAAAUGCAUUCAAUGCAAUAUUCUGUUUUUAUAGACAUUAGAUUUUAUUGAAAAUGUAUGCACCUCAAUCAAAUUGUGCCUUUAUUUGAAUCUUUA